AUUGCCAUUGCUUCGGCCAGCCGGGGGGGAAGGCGAUACCCGCGUUUCCAAAGGACGUGGUGACGUGAACCAUCGGGAAACGUACGUAAGGAAGAAAGAUACGACCCCUAUCAUGGAUUUGUACGUGUCGGAUUCGAUGCAGGAUAUGCUGGAUAUCGACAUCAAAUCCGAGGUCGCCACGGUUGUAGGUGGGGUCAACGAAUUCAGCUCGCUGAUGAACUUUGAUCUGCCCUCGCUAGAGCUGGACAGUAACUCGAACGAUGCGGAAAGCGGCUGGUGCGGAGGUGGCCCCACCAGAUGGUCUAGCACGGACAUCUACGCCGAUGUGGGUGCCUGCGUUAACCCGAACUCGGUGAUGCCCGUCAUCUCGUCCGUACAGAGCCUGCUCAAGAGUCCGAAGCAGAACGUGAAUCUCAACACGACGGUCAGUGCCGUGAACGAUCCGACACUGCCCAGUCCAAAAGAGCGCAAGAGUCACCUUACCUUUUCGCCCAAUCCGAUCAAGGUUCCGAUGUUGGUACAGGAAGCGAAGAAAGUUGCAGCUUCCGGAAUGACGCAAAUUCAAAGGAUAAACGGAGCCGACAACGUCAAGAAAGACCUCUCGAAUCAAAUGCAGAAAGACGAAGGUAACAAAAUUAUUGUCAGGAAUCACCAACCCCUCAGUGGAGGGUCAAGUCCAAGCUCUGGCUUAGGUGUCGGUUUGGGCAAAGGUAACACCAUAAAGCUAGCAGCCGGAAUCGGAGGCUUAACAUUUGCUAACGGAGUGCAAUUCAAAAACCUUAAAAACGUGCAAAAGAUCUCCGCUAUAAACACCGUCAACGGAAUGAAGCGUGAUGCCAGUCCAGCGAGAGUUAUGAAUGGAACUACUACCAUCCCACACGGUCAGCAUACACAGUUGAUCAGCAUCAAUGGCACGACACAGAAAGUUUUCAGCAGAAGUCUAAUCGUCCCGAACGGAGGCAAACCUGCAAACAUGAUGCAGAUGGCUAACAGAAACGUUGCCGUUGCUGCUGUGACACCAAAGUCCAAACCGAAGCCACCGGUGGAAGGCGCCUUCCCAAAACCUGCAUAUUCGUAUUCCUGUUUAAUUGCGAUGGCGCUAAAAAACUCGCGCGCUGGGUCUCUGCCGGUCUCCGAGAUCUACAGCUUCAUGUGCGAACACUUUCCGUACUUCAAGACUGCACCGAACGGCUGGAAGAACUCGGUGCGGCACAAUCUCUCGUUAAACAAGUGCUUCGAGAAAAUUGAAAAGCCAGUGACAAACGGCGGCCAGCGGAAGGGUUGCCUCUGGGCGAUGAACCCGGCCAAGAUUACCAAAAUGGACGAAGAGGUACAAAAGUGGUCCCGCAAGGACCCGCAGGCCAUCCGAAAGGCAAUGGUUCACCCCGAGCAUUUGCCGAUGUUGGAGCGUGGUGAAAUGAAGCAUGGUUCCACCGGGGACAGUGACGAAGGCGAGAACGACGACGCCGACACUGAGGAUCAGUCCGAUCUGGAGGAAGAAGAUGAGGAGGAAGUUGAGGGUGAGGAGGAGGUGGAGAUCGAUCAGGAAGCGGAAAGCUUCAUCAUCAACACCCCCGAAUCAAUGCCUGAUCCCGAGCAGGAAGAUGUGGACAUCGACUUUGAGCUGGAGGUUCCCGAAUUUUACGACGACAUCAACGUUGAUUCUAAGGAAGGAUUUACCUUGGAAUUUGUGCAGAAAGAUUUGCUAACACUGGAGGACGAAGACGAAUCCGUAUACAUUUCACCACAGCAGCAGCGACAAGCACAACAGCUCAGCUUCCAGCAGCUGGAACCUGCCGCUAAACGAGCGAGGCUCGAUGUCAAUUACUCCAUCUCACCCGCUGUUACUACCGCCGUCGUUUCCAACGGUCGAACAACAAUCAUCCCCGCGAUGCCAGCGACCACGACAACGACGGCUCCCACCACCGUCAACCAGAUUCAUCUCAAUGGACAACAAUUCCAGUUUACAUCCAGUGGGCAGCACUUUCAGCAGAUACACCAGCAGCAGCAUCACAACCGACGGAAGACUCCGCUGGUCACACGAAUAGCCUAA